AUGCAAAACGGUGGCACCUAUUACCGGGGCCGCUGGCAUACGUUGGCCGAACUGCGUGUCCUGGAAUACACCCCAACACCUCCGAUGCCCAGGUCCCUUCGAGCCCAGCCACGUCGUCGCCAGGCUCGUCUUCCGCCAGUGCCGUGUCUGAGUUGGAACGCGGGAGGACUUAGCUCAGCCGUGUAUCAGGAAUUCAUGGCAUGGCUUGAUGGACAGAGCAAGUAUCAGAUCGUCAUGCUUCAGGAAACGCACUGGCCACAGAGCAGCGAUUACACCUCAGGCCAUUGGAUGUGCAUCCACAGUGCCAGCGAUCCUGCCGAGGCCCACGAUAGUUAUGCCGGGGUUAUGAUUAUGCUUUCUAAGAAACAUUUUCGGGAUCCGGCGGUACAUGAGCUUCAUAAGGGUCGAGUGCUGCAUGUCCGGGCCACACAUGUCACCACAAAUACUAUUGUAGACAUACUGGUGGUCUACCAACACGUCUGGCGUAGCCACCUGACAGCACAGCGCAACCAAGAGCUCAGAGGCGAAAUCUGGCAGCACCUGCAGACAGCAUGUGCCAAGAUGCCGGCUCGCCACUUCUUGUUGGUGGGCGGGGACUUCAAUGCCAGUGUUCGACCGAAGCGGCAAGAGGCCGGUCCGGCCAGCAUGCCCAGCAAAGCCAAUCCGCAAGAUCAACAGCUCAAUCGGCUGCUUACGGCCCAUAACUUAUGCGCCUUGAACACUUGGGGAGCCCGACCUGCCUACACGCACUACAGUCAUACAGGUGAAACCCAAAUUGAUUAUGUGCUUACCAGAUGUGUUACUGCCGGUCAGACAAGCAAGAUGGCUAGGCCACUCGUUAACUUUCCGGUAGCCGGGUGGAGGCAGGCAGGGCACCUGCCGGUCCAGGCGACUCUGUCUAUCAUGCCGGUGCACUGGCGCGCUGACAUCAAAGGAGCUCAGCCCCUUCAGUAUGAUAAGUCUGCGUUGCAAGCUGCGCUCUCCUCUGACACGGCACAGGUGCAAUCACUCCGCCGGAGUGUGCAAGCUGCGGUUGCCCAGGUUACGCAGGGCGAUCUGCAUCAAGUACACCAUAGCAUUAAUAGGAUUCUGUGCCAGGCGGUGCGCCAAGCCUUUCCUGCCAAGCCUGCGGAGGACUUUCGCAUCAGUGCCCAUGCCGGGUACCGAGCAUCAGCUCGCCAUGUUUGGCACCUCUAUGCACAGAUGAAGCGAGCCCGCGUUGCAACUGUAGGCCGGCUUUUCCAGCAGUGGCGCUGUGCCGCGGCUUUUGAGCGGGCCUCAAGAGCACUGCGAGAGCAGAGUAAGCAACUUAAGCGUGAUGCCUUUCAGGACAAACUUCGUAAGGCAGAAGCUGCUGCGGCCAUUGGUGAUCAACGUACCCUGCAUGGCAUCGUCAGAUCACUUACUCCCGCCCAUCGGAAGCUGUUCUCGCGCCUUCGUGAUCAGGAUGGCAAGCUGCUAUCCAAGGUGGAGGAAGCACAGGCUCUGGCGGACCAAGGCAGGGCUACGUAUGCCCUCUUCCCGGAUCUGCCCAUUGCGGGCCCCUUGACCCAGGCCUUGACAAUCACCGACGAGGAGGUCGUGCAACAGUUUCGGACCAUAAAAGCGGGCAAGGCCGUGCCCAGUCACAUUGCACCGGCUGGGAUGUGGAAACUCUGCUCGGACUGUCUCGGUCCAGUCUUUGGAGCUGCCUUCCGCAAGCACUUCCAGCAGGGCAGUCCUGGCCUCCUCCGCGGGGACCUCACGGAUGCCACCAUGGCCAUGUUGCCAAAGCCCAACAAACCUGCUCAUGUCCUGGCCAACUUGAGGCCGAUUGGACUCAUGGCUCCCACCUCAAAGGCUCUAGCGGGGAUCUUGAAGCAUAGAAUGAUGGAGUGGCAGCUCCCCUUGCUGCGUCACAGGCCACAGUAUGCGUAUCUUCCCAACCGUGGCACCCUCGAUGCCCUGUUCCGAGUACAUAAGCAUGUGGCGGAGGCUCAGGUACUUUUCCGGGCCAGCAGAAUCACGAGAUUUGGUGCAUACCAAGGUUGCAAGCCGCGUCCUUUCACAGGAGCCCUCAGCUUGUCCCUCGAUCUGAGUAGGGCUUUUGACCUUACCAACCGCCCCAAGCUGUUCCAAGCCCUGCAAAACUACAAGGUGCCUCCGGCGGUCAUCGAGGUGGCUCACCGACUGCACUUUGGCUCCCGUUUCCUCUACAAGGCCGGGAAUUGUCGCUCCAGCUUUGUGCCAUCCAACGGGCUCAAACAAGGAUGCAAGGUUGCACCGUGUCUUUGGGUAUGGUACACCUUAGCACUGAUGGAUGCUCUUGAGAAGCAACUCCCUGAGGGCUGGGUGCAAAACAUCCUCACUCUCUUUGCAGAUGACUGCUGGGCCAGUUGGCUCUUGUACUCCAUAGAUGACCUCCGAUGUGCACUGCGUGACCUGACUGUUCUUCUGGGCACAUUGGAGGAUUUCCAGAUGCAGAUCAACUAUGGUAAGACGGCAGUACUUCUCAAAUUCGUUGGUAAGCAAGCCAAACAGGCACUCCACGACAUCAUACGACUAAAAAAUGGUGCAGCCCAUCUUUGCAUUGUUGUCAAAGGGGUGGAGCGACUCAUACCCUUAAAAGAGGAACAUGACUAUCUGGGGUCCAAGGUCUCGUAUCAUAAUCAUAGAGAGGCCAACCUGGAGCACCGUGUGCAAAGUGGCCAGCAGAGAUACCAUGCGGUACAACGUGCACUGACAGGGCGUCACGUCGUUUCCAGUGCUCAUCGCGUAAGAUUGUGGGAUGCCUGCGUCAGCACUAGCUUCCUCUACUCGUUACCCGCGGUAGGGCUCACUGAACCCAGUCUCAGGCGGCUGGAAACCCGCAUGCUCAAGCAUUUGCGCGCAAUCCUCAGACUCCCGGUGCACUUGACCAGGGUUCAGAAUGAGGACGUCUGGCAGCAAGCUCAGGUUGACCCACCGGGCCAGCGGGUCCUUCAGGCCCUGGUAUCAUUUCGGGCCAAGCUCGACGAUAGAGCGCGGCAGGCGCCAGACAUCACGACUGACCCGGCGCUACUAAAGCACGUGCGUUUCGAGGAGCAACGGCUUCGGCAUUUGCUACAGGCGAGGAUCCCACUGGUGGUACCUUGCAGGCAGCCGGACACUACUGAAAGCUGGCCGUGCCCGCACUGCAACCAUGUAGCGCCAACCUCACAUGCGCUGAGGAUUCACUGUGGCUUGCAUCAUCCUGAGGGACCUAAGACCACAGUGGGCCAGGCCACCACUUUUGAUCCGACUCAGCACGCAGUAGGUGGUUUGCCGCAUUGCAGGCUCUGUGGGCGUCGGUUCCAGAAAUGGCAGAAUCUUCGUAGACACAUCGAAGAAGGCACGUGCGCAGCUUUGGGUGGCUCCAGCUUCGUCCAACAGCCACACGCGGAGGUGGAACAACGACUUGCUCCGCCUGAGCAGGAGAAGCCUCCGGAUGCCCCUGCGGUGGAACCGCAAAACACUCCGCUCGUCCUUAGGCCUUUUUUCUUGAAAGCGUGGUCUCGGUGGGACUCCUUGCUUGCUCAUCCUGCUCUCCGCCAUGAGCUCACCAGGCAUUGUGUCAUUUGUCAGAUGUUUAUCAUGGACAUCAAGCACAUCAAACAGCACAUCCGCCGCACACAUCCUGCGAUCUUAUCCAUGCACAAGGCCGUCACGUGGAUCAGUGCCCAGUGUUGUUCCAACUUAGCCUUGCAGCUGCAUACUGUGAGCAGCGGGAUGACGGGCUCGAGCUUGAACCCCGAGGCGGAUAUCUUCCAGCACUGCAUGUCGCAGGUGGCGCCACAGAACGGCAACCCGCCAAAGACGGAGACCGCCCCCAACAAACGACCUCGUCAGGAAACGCAGGGCCGCAGAGGGCAACGGCGACCAUUCGCUCCUUUUUCCCAGUACGUGCCGGCGAACUCCGACGACCAGGUCCAGGCCAUGGCCAAGAUGAUCAUGAGACAGGAGGAGAUCAUCUCCGAGCUCCGCGUAGACAAGAACCUGCUCCUGUACUUUCGGGAGGACGACUUCAGCAUCCUUCCGGGGCUCUACCGAGUGGCCCGCGAAUGGAGUCGACAACAGGAGGAGGGGACGAGUGCGACCACCUCUCCCAUCCGCACCUUGCUGUUAGCAUGUCUCGUUCAGCAGCUUCGGGACCGCAUCAAUCACAUGACAGCGGACGCCGAGGGGAUUGCAAAGUUGCAAGCCGCGGGCUGGCUCAACGCGGACAAGCACUGGACUCGUAUGCGCUGGUGCCACCAGGCCAAGAAACUGGUGCAACAUCCCGAAGCCGGGGUGAUGCAACAUCAGGACCUCCAGGCCAAGAUCGAGUUCCUGUUGGCGAACCUGAAAGGGGAGGUGAUCCAGAAGUUCCACUCGACCAAGCGCUUGGAUGCUCUAGAGGACGAACAGGCGACGGCAGCGGUCUUCUUCCUCUCCGUAAGCCUACGGGGGGCACUCGCCGCACAAGUGCACGAGACCUUCGUGCAGCUGAUCGGGAUCUCGGCAUUGCAGCUAGUGGGGUUGUCGGUCAAGCGGGCCACACUCAAGCGCCCGCCACUGGCACAGCAGAUAGCUCGCAUCGCCUAUGGGCUGGCUCGUGCCACCGGGGACUUGUGGCAAGGGCGCGCUGUGAUUGAGGAGCUCGUUGAUGCCUGGCAUCAACAGGACGACCUGUGUGCUCUCACCGCCGCACACUCGUGGUUUAGCCUGCAGCUGCCCAGAUUCAAUCCGACCACGGGGGACAAAACACAUCAACCGUAUGUAGUGCCAGGCACGCUGAGUCUGCCGACUUUUGUGGAUGCGACUUCUCAGGCCAUCGAGCGACAUGAAUGUCUUGUGCAUUCCGUCAUCCGGCAUCAUGGAGAUACCUUUCGUGCAGGUCACUACACGGUGCUUGUGAGAGGUAGCGAAGACUUUCUGCUGGACGAUGAUCACCCGCCCAGAAAAGCCUUGCCUCGGGACUUGGAUGACACAUCUCAGUCCAUGUAUGUACUCAUCAUGUUUCUACACGGCAUGGACAGCAUGGACUGGACGGAUCCGAUAGUGUACACGGAACGGGAGCGCGGACUAUCCCGCCAGCUCUAUCUUCUGGAAAUCUGGAUAAAGCAGCUGGUGAAGGACAAUGAUGUGCUCCAGGAGCGUAUGGAUACGCUAGAGCGUCGCAUGAGUUUCAUUUUGCUCCGCUUACCAGUGGGAAUCACGGCUGGGGGCAGAAACAAGGUGGCUCCCACAAGACUGCCCAUUGAGUUGGAAACCUUGGAUGAUUGA